ACCCAUCCCUUGAAGUGGAUCACACAAUCAAGAAUUUAGGCAGAAGAGGGGGGAAGAUAAGGAGAAGAUAAGAAUGUCAGGGUCGCUGGCCGGCUACAAUAACCCACUAGAGGAUUUGGAUCAGUCUCCGCCGGCGCAAGAUCUUCACCCCGCCGGCGGAGGUUUCAGGCCUAAGCUGACGAUGACCUCCGCUGGAGGAGGAGGAGGCUGCAGGUACCGGGAAUGCCUGAAGAACCACGCCGCCAGCGUCGGCGGGAACGUCACCGACGGCUGCGGAGAGUUCAUGCCCAGCGGGGACGACGGCACUCUGGAGGCCCUGAAGUGCGCCGCCUGCAACUGCCACCGCAACUUCCACCGCAAGGAGCGCGGCGGAGGGGAAGCCGGCGUCAUGACGGUGCACCCCCUCCAGCUCCCGGCGCCGCCGCUCGCGCCGCCGUCCAUGACAUCUCCGUCGUCCAUCAACCACCACAGCUACCACCGGAGCGGGCCGUGGCCGGCGCCGCCUCCCCCCUCCCUGACCGCGCCGCCGGCGGCCCGGACGGCGGGGUACGGGAGCGGGGCGGCCACGGACUCGUCGAGCGAGGAGAUGAACUUCAACGCAUACCAGUCGUCGGCGGGGGCGGCGGCGUACGGGGCGGCGGCUGGGGGGAAGAAGCGGUUCCGGACGAAGUUUUCGCAGGGGCAGAAAGAGAAGAUGAUGGAGUUCGCGGAGAAGCUGGGGUGGAGAAUCCCGAGAGAAGACGACUCCCAGCUGCAGACAUUCUGUGCCGAGGUUGGGGUGAAGCGACAAGUUUUUAAGGUUUGGAUGCACAACAACAAGAAUUCCGCCGCCAAGAAGAACAACAACCCCAUCCACAUUAAUAAUAACAAUAACAAUCCUCAUCAACACCACCACCGUGACGACGACGACGAGGAGGAGGAGGAUCGCCGCAGCAGCCACCAAACACUACCUGGUAUUGCCGGAAUUUGAUUUGCCGGCCGGCCACAUUAUUAUUAUUAUUCUUAAUUAAUUAUUUGCUUUCGUUGUGUUGUUAAUGAUAGGUACGAAUUGAAUUGAAUUGAUCAUCAUCUUCGUGAUUGCCCCCGUCCCUUAAUUGAUUAGUUGAUGAUUACAUAUUUGUAGCAUUUAAUUUAAUUUGUAGCUAGAUCAUUAUGGAUGUUGAGAUUUCUAGUAUGUUGGCUGAUUAAAUUACGCACUAUUCU